CUUGUUCAGCACGUUUCUUUUGUCCCUCUCGAGUGGAGUCUCGUCCACGCCCUCCCAAGAGAAAUAAAAGGAAAAAAGGCCUAAGGCGGCUCCUUAGCCCUAGCCCCUUUAGGGUCCAUUAGGGUUUUUCUUCCCACAAAGCUCAGAACCUUCCAUUCAAAGCUCAAGCCCAUCAACUUCGUCUUCAACCUCCCUCUACCAAAAAUUUCAAAUUUUUUUUGGAAAAUUAUUAGACAAUUAAGAAAAAAAAAAGCAAAAACAACACAGAAAUUAAGAAAAAAAAUUCAAAACCCUAGAUUAGGGGAGUUGCAUUGAGGGAGCUUUUCGAUUUGCAGGUCCGCGAUUCGCUGACUACAUUCUCCAUGGAGAUAGAUUCCCCUGUUAAUUCCAUAAUCCCUAUUACCCCUACUGAUAAUUAUGAGUCACUCGGUUCAGAAGCACAGCCUAAUAAGCGUAGGAGAAAGAUAUCUGUUGUCUGGGAGCACUUCACUAUAGAAACUGUUGGACCUGGAUGUACUAAAGCGUGCUGUAAGCUAUGCAAAAAAUCUUUUGCCUACAUUACUGGUUCAAAGCUAGCAGGCACCAGCCACCUCAAACGACAUAUUGCCUUGGGAAUCUGCCCUGUAGUCCGCCAGAGAAAUCAGGAAUCUCCAUAUACACCAGGCUCCAAAAUGGGUGGUUCAGGAAGUGCUACUGAUCGACCAAAAAAACGCCAUAAAGCGACCAAUGGACUUGCAAGCAUCCCUUUUGAUCAAGACCGCUGCAGCCAUGAGAUUGCUAAGAUGGUCAUUCUGCAUGACUAUCCCCUUCACAUUGUGGAACAUUCCGGUUUCAUUGACUUUGCCCGGACUCUUCAACCUCAGUUCAAUACUAUGAGCUUCAAUACUGUUGAAGGGGAUUGUGUGGCUAUGUACAUGAGGGAGAAACAAAGCCUCCUGGAUCUUAUAAGUGGAAUUCCUGGUCAUGUCAGCCUCACAUUGGAUUUAUGGACAUCAAAUCAAUCUUUAGGAUAUAUUGUCCUAACAGGUUAUUUUAUUGAUGGCGAUUGGAAUCUACAGCGUCGGAUACUUAAUGUGGUUAUGGUACCUUCGCCUGAAUCAGAUUAUGCUUUCAAUCUAGCUGUUGUGGCUUCCCUAUCUGAUUGGCAUUUGGAGGGUCGGCUGUUUGCCCUCACAGUUGAUCAAUCCUUAACAAAUGAAACUUCAACUGGACAUCUAAGAGGUCUUCUUUCUGUCAGGAACCCUCUCAUGCUCAAUGGUCAGUUGUUAAUAGGGAAUUGCUAUGCUCGUGUUCUUAGUCGUCUUGCACAAGAUGCACUAGGGGUGAUGAUGGAGACAAUCCAAAAAAUUCGUGACAGUGUCAAGUAUGUGAAUGCUUCAGAGUCGCACAAAGAGAAGUUUAUUGAUCUGAAGCAACAACUUCAAGUCCCUAGCUCGAAGGACCUUGUAGUUGAUGACCAAACUAAAUGGAACACAACUUAUCAUAUGCUAGUAGCUGCCUGUGAGUUAAGGGAAGUCUUUAAUUGCUUGGAUACCUAUGAUCCUGAUUACAAGAUAUCUCCCUCAAUGGAUGAAUGGAAGGAGGUAGAAAGUCUCUGCACAUACUUGAGGAAUUUGUUCGAUGCGGCUAACAUUUUAACUCACCCAAGGUACCCAUCUACCAACACAUUCUUUCCGGAAGUGUCGAAAAUUCAGAUAGAGCUGACACAUGGAGCCAUGAGCCAGGAUCCAUUUGUCAGCAACUUGAUCAAACCAUUGCAAGAAAAGUUUGAUAAAUAUUGGAAAGAUUGCUAUCUGGUUUUAGCAAUAGCUGUAGUUUUGGAUCCAAGGUUUAAAAUGAAACUUGUGGAGUUCACCUUCUCCAAGAUCUACGGUGAGGAUGCUGAAUCAUGGAUUAGGGCUGUUGACGAUAGUGUUCAUGAACUCUUUCUAGAAUACAUCGCACGAGCACAUCCUCUUCCGGCACUUGAAGAAGGUAAUGAGGAGGGUAUGACCAAAAUAGAGACGCCACAGGAAGGAUCUCAAGAAGGAACCCUUGUUUCUAGUGUGGAUGGGCUUUUGGAUUUUGAAGUCUAUAUCAAUGAGAUUACGAGUAGCCAGCACAUGAAGUCAGAACUAGAUCAGUAUCUGGAAGAGUCUCUUUUGCCUCGGGAAAAAGAGUUUGACAUUUUAUGUUGGUGGAAACUAAAUAAACAGAAGUACCCAACUCUAUCAAAGAUGGCUUCUGAUGUUUUGACGAUACCGGUAUGUACUGUUGCUCCCGACUCCGUGUUUGACACGGAACCCAGAAAGAUGGAUAGCUACAGGAGUUUGUUGCAUCCUGUGACACUUGAGGCUCUUGUUUGUACUAAAGAUUGGUUUCAAUGUGGAUCAUCAUCAUCAUCAUCGUCGUCGACAUCAUAUAGUCAGGUUUCUAAUGCAAUUAUGAAAAUGGAAUUCUAGGUCUAGGCCCCAUUUUCGGCUCGUAGGUAGAUUUCCUUGCUUUUUUUCUUCUUCUUUUUUUCGUGGUAUUUUAGGUUUUCAACAGUGAUUCAUCUCUCAUGAUAUAUCUACAGUUGAGGAUUGUGUGGUGUAACUUUAGGUAUUGUUUGUAGGGUUCUUUUAAUUAAGUGAAUUACCUUACCUUA